GGUAGUCUUUAAUAAUUAAUAACGUGAACAUACAAACGUCACAAAGGGAAUAGGAAUGUAUGUAAGAAGAAGUAAAGAGAAUAUUCGCAACAAUAUAUUUAUAUUGGUCAUGCGUGGUCAUAUUCUCCUUAUCUGCCUUGAUAAAGGGAUGUCGCUGUUCGCAACAUGAUGUUACUUUUCAAGUACGUUGUUAAAAUAUCGAUUAAAAGCGUUCACCACGCUCGAAGCAACAGUUGGGAGGAAUCAACAGGCGAGAACGCGCGGCAAUACGCAUCGCGCGCUAUUUGGAAAAGGAACGUACUUUUCUGUUCGUAGUAUUACAAAAAUGAAUAUUCAAAAUAAAGCCAACAAAUACGUGUGCCCCAAUGAUCGACAGCUGUCACUUAGAGCCAAACUACGGACAGGCUGGAGCGCUGCCAGAAGCGAGCCGCCUCUGACGCCAAGCGAGAGGGAGGCUAUAGCGGCUGUCGUCAAGAGAGCUGAGAAAGUAGAUGAGGUUGAAGCGAAACGAAUCGGACGUCUGGUUGCCCGACUAGAAGGUAUGCGCCGUUCAGCACGUGGCCCUGCGCCGAGGACUUGCCUGCUCUGCGGGGAGACGGCGAGACUCCUGUCUCCGUUGAGGACCUGUGCCGUCUGUCGGAACACCGCCUGCUCCAAAUGCGUUAUAGAUACACCACCGCAUAGGUCCCCGCUGUAUUCAAGGGAGCCAUACAUGUGUAAUCUUUGCGCUGAAACGCGGGAAAUGUGGAAGAAAUCCGGGGCCUGGUUCUAUAAAUCUGUGCCGAAAUAUACCUUACCUGAAAGGAAGACGACGAGACGCUAUGCUGAAACAGAAUUAUCAAGGACUUUACAGGAGGCGGGCAACAGCAGUAACGAAGGGAAAACUGAUUCGGAGCCAGGAUCCCCGUUAAGCAUACACGCGCCAUCUUUCUCGAGACAGCCUAGCAACACGGAGAGCAGGAAAUCUGUGCCUUCGCCACAUGACGGCCCAUUUGACUGGAAUGAAACUGACAUUCUGACACACGGGUUCAGUGGGUUAAGCCUUCACAGGGCCGACAGUCUCAACCAAAGGCCAUUGGGUUUGAAACGGACAAGCAGUAAAAGCAGUGCUUACAGCGUACGGAACGCGAGAAAGGAUGCACAAAAACCGGUAACACAAAUCGAAAGGGCCCCGGCCAUCCCUGAUGCCGGUUUUGGUACGUUAGAGAUACGGCUGGCAUACGAAAACGCUACAUCCUCGUUAGCGGUCACGGUGCUAAGAGCCAGAGGGCUAAUUGGCAUGGACAUGACAGGGUUGUCCGAUCCGUUCUGUAGAUUAGAGAUUUUGCCAAAAGAAGGCACAUAUUCGAAUAGACUUAGAACGAAAACCGUUCAUAAAACGAAAAAUCCUGAAUUCAAUGAAACCCUACAUUUCUUUGGAAUCACUGAAUCGGACCUUUCGGUUAAAUCUUUGGAGAUCGUUUUAUUUGACGACGACAGAUAUGGUUGCGACGAAAUGGGCUCGGCGACAGUCUCUUUAAGGGAAUGCGCCAAAUCACCUACGCAAUUACGUCUCGCUUUAUCGGGCGCGUCAGGAUGUGAACCGACCGGCCCGCGUAUUCUGUUAGCCCUCUGUUAUAGUACAAAAAAGAGGGCCCUCAUUGUAACGAUUUGCAGAGCCGCCGAACUACCUUCGCAGGAUAGCAAUGGGUACUCCGAUCCGUUUGUUAAGCUACAUCUUGAUCCAGACCCAUAUCAUAAAAAACACAAAACUUCAAUCAAAUGGCGCAAUUUGAAUCCAGUUUGGAAUGAAGAAUUUCUUUUCGAAACACGACCCACCGAACUUUCGCGCCAAAACUUAACGUUGACCGUUUGGGAUAAAGAUUAUGGAAAACCAAACGAUUUCCUGGGGAGCCUUAUAUUGGGAGCGAGCAGUAAAGGCAGAAGAUUAAAACACUGGAUGGACUGUAUCAAAUACCCCGAUCACAGACACGAACAAUGGCAUUCUUUGACGGACACCCAACAUCUUUAGAUAGACAAUUCUAAGCAUAAUAUACUAGCAAAAUAUGUACGUUUUGAACGAAAAUAUAACAAUGACUAUAAAAAGCUAAUAUUAUUGCUAUUUUUAGGAAUUUAGAUUUAAUCGCCUGGAUAAAUUUUAUGUAUAUAGAUAUAAAAAUUAUUUUCAUAUGGCACUGUUAAUUUACAAUUAUAUUUUGUUAUUCUUUAUUCAAUUAAAGUACCACUAAAAACACAGCUCCCUAUGCGAAAUAGAUAUAUAAGUAAAUUUAUUUAGAGUUGAGAUGCUUAUGUAAUACGUUUAAUUUAGUCGGCUUUUAAUUAAAUUGUUAAGAGUAUCUGUUUCCCCGUCAUUUAACUAACUCUUACGCAUCAAAUGGUAAAAAAGAUAACUACGCUGAAAAAAAGAAAAUAAAGCAAACCUUAAAUUAUAAAACCUCUGAUUAAAUAAAUACCUACUAUUAUUUCUGUUGUUGUUGCUAUAGAGGGUAGAUAUUUAAUAAUAGAAAAGGGUUACCCUUACUUAGUUACAGAAAAAUUAUGAGCUUUCGAAUUUUAAAAUCGCUUCGAAUAGUUAUGAUUCGCAAUUUUUUAUUAAAAUAUAAAGGGUACGUAAAAAAAUGAAAAUUCUCAACAAAAACCACCCUUUAAUUCGAUCCUCAAGCAAGCCGAAACCGCAAUGUUAAGGAACAAGGUCGAUGCCGCCGGCGUUUCUUUGAUAGAAAUUACAAUAAUUAUUUCCAAAUAUCAAAUCCAUGGGGAAUUGUUUGCGAAGAUACCAUCAUCUCGUUUUUACCAUCGCAUCGCCCGCCGCCGCAGUAGAGUUCAUCCAUACUACCUGAAGCCACUGAGUUCAUCCAAAGUGUGUUUUCAGAGAUCUGUUCUGCCACGUAGCAUCCGGCUUUGGAAUGAGCUCCCCUCCACGGUGUUUCUCGAGCGCUAUGACAUGUCCUUCUUCAAACGAGGCUUGUGGACAGUAUUACUCUGUAGGCAACGGUUUGGCUCUGCCCCUGCUAUUGCUGACGUCCAUAAGCGACGGUAGCCACUCACCAUUAGGUGGGCCGUAUGCUAGUCUGCUAACACGGGCAGUAAGAAAAAUAUAAAAAAUGGUAAAAUAUUACGAAAAUUUAGUUUUUUGAUUACUAUCAAAUGUCUUCUUUUUCUAACAACGCUUUCAUGGUUACUUUACUUUUUAAAAUUUAAGGGAAAGUGUAACUGUCUCUUCCGUAUCUUAUGACUUAAUUGUUAUGUGUAUCGAUGCAUAUUUUUGUACCUAAUAUUGAAUAUUGAAUGUGUAACCUAACUACAUAUAAUAAACUGUGCCAAAUAAUUCCAAAGUAUUUUGAGAUGUAUACGAUCGUACCUAUUUCAUAAAAAAAAAACAUUGCUAUUGUCUAUUAAUGUUAAAUGUUGAUGAAAAUAAAAUAACUAUAUGCCAA